ACCGACCUGGUCAUACGGGAACUCUUCCCAAAAGUGGUUCAGUUUCCCGAUGCUACCGGGCGCCGCAGCGUAACGCACGUUUUUUACAAGAUCGGAAAGUUUCCGGGAGUGACCGGCUGCAUUGACUGCACACACGUGAGGAUAAAGAGCCCCGGCGGCGACGACGCUGAAGUAUUCCGUAACCGGAAGGGGUACUUCUCCAUCAACGUGCAGGCCAUCACAGGACCCGAGCUCCAGUUCUUCGACGUCGUCGCAAGCUGGCCUGGCUCCGUCCAUGACAGUAGGAUUUUCGACAACUCUCGAGCCAAGGUCCUCUACGAGGAAGCAGUGAUGACCGGGGUGCUCCUUAGGGACAUGGGCUAUGCCUGCACGCCGUAUUUGAUGAGCCCCUUUGCAGAUCCAGGCAAGGCAGGCAGCCCUCAUGACAGGUACAACAAGGCCCAUAUCAAAACUCGAAACAGCAUCGAGAGGGCAUUCGGGGUUUGGAAGCGGCGCUUUCCAUGCCUCGACAUGAGGCUUUAGCACAAGCCCGAGCGAUCUGCAGGCAUCAUCACGGCCUGCGCGGCUCUCCACAACCUGGGACGGCAACUGUUGGACCCUUGUCCGCCAGCCGUGCCCCUGCCCCCACUGCCUAAAAAGUGUCUGAUCUCCUUGUGAGAAAAAUAUACGAAAUUAACCAUUUCGCGAUGCAGUCAACAGCCAUUA